AUCAGGUCCGCCUAGUUUGUAUUUAAGGGACUGUGUGCGUUCAUAACUUCCACUGCUGUGUGAAUCAUGUCUGGUCGCGGAAAAGGCGGCAAGGGGUUGGGAAAGGGUGGUGCUAAGCGCCAUCGUAAGGUGCUCCGGGAUAACAUCCAGGGCAUUACAAAGCCUGCUAUUCGCCGUUUGGCUCGGCGUGGUGGCGUCAAGCGCAUUUCCGGUCUCAUCUAUGAGGAAACUCGAGGUGUGCUUAAGGUUUUCUUAGAAAACGUUAUUCGAGACGCUGUCACCUAUACGGAGCAUGCCAAGCGCAAAACUGUCACAGCCAUGGAUGUAGUGUACGCUCUAAAACGUCAGGGGCGCACUCUGUAUGGCUUCGGCGGCUGAAAUUAAGAAUACGCGGUCUCCUGGAACUUCAAAAAA